AAAAUGUUAUCGGCUCGUCGACAAGAUGGCGUUUCACUACUUUGUGCAUCCACUACUGCCACAUUAACAUGUCAUUGCCGCGGGAAAAUACUGCAGUCGGCGCGGUGCGGCGAGUACAGGUCGCGUCGCCGCGCGCGCCCUGCCGCUCAGUCGCCCCGCGAGCCCUCCCUAGAGUUGCACACUGUUAGGACCCGGCGCACGCCAUGCCGCCCAACUUUGAAAGUUCCGCCACCAUCGCGGCCUCGGUCUUGGAGACGCGGCCGCGGCCGGCGGCGAGCAAGGCGAACGCCGCCGCCCUGGACGCCAGGCUGAAUUCGGCGCCCGGCGCGCGCCAGCCGCUCGUCUGGUACAACAUCGUCCUUCUCGGGCUGUACCACUCCGUGGCGGUGGCCAGCGUCCUGGCCGGCGUGUUCAGCUGGAAGAUGUACAUAUUCAUGUACGUGUACGCGCAAAUCGGCGGGCUAGGCGUGACAGCAGGCGUGCACCGGCUCUGGUCGCACAGGGCCUACAAGGCGCGCCGGCCGCUGCGGUACCUCCUGGCGGUGUUCUUCUCGGUGGCCGGACAGAACACCAUCCUGAACUGGGUCCGCGACCACCGAGUGCACCACAAGUUCACCGAGACGGACGCGGACCCGCACAACGCGAAGCGGGGCUUCUUCUUCGCGCACUGCGGCUGGCUCCUCCAGAGGAAGCACCCGGACGUGUACAGCCAGGGCGCCAAGGUGGACCUCAGCGACGUCGAGUCUGACCCCGUCGUCCAGUGGCACACGAGGAACUUUCGGCUGCUCAAGUUCAUCUUCUGCCUGGUGGUGCCCACGCUCAUCCCCGUGUACUGCUGGGGAGAGACCUGGACCAUCGCGGUCGUGACCUGUGUCACCCGACUCGUCAUACUCAUCAACUUGACCUGGCUGGUGAACAGCGCCGCCCACCUCUACGGCACGCACCCCUACGACAAACGGAUAAACCCGACGGAAAACGCCUUAGUGUCCGCCUUGUCUAACGGCGAGGGCUGGCACAACUACCACCACAUCUUCCCCUGGGACUACAAGGCGUCGGAGCACAAGUACCUCAACUUUACCACCGUCUUCCUGGACCAGUUCGUGCGCAUCGGCUGGGCCUACGACCUCAAGUCGGCGUCGCCCGACCUGGUGGCGAGGGUCGCGCUCCGCCACGGCGACGGCUCGCACCCCAAGCACGGCGUCGAAGAACACUUCCAGGAGGUGCCGUACGACGAGUACCUGCGCAUCUUGAAGGACGACGACGAGCUGACGGGUGUCCGGGACCUGCACAACGCCGAGGACCCGACCAGGCAGAGGGUGGCGUAGUGGAGGGGCCGUGAACGGUCCGGGACGGUCCAAGCCCCACAGAGAACUGCAUGAUGGAAAUGAUGCCACUCGGACGUGGUUUGUGUGGGUGGAUGUUUCUUAACACAUUCCCUGCGGCUCAUUUUGGAUGCCUAUGAUUUAACAUUGGAGCGCGACCACAUAGUGGUCAUGCUGCAAGGAACGUGUUAAUUUUUGACGCUACUUAUUUAUUUGUUCUUUGGUUCGAAGCUGUUUCAACAUCGACACACAGCCCGUGGGGUGUCGAACUUGGUACACCGGGGAAAAAAACAAGACGUGAAAAUAUACGCGAAAAUUCGCCAAUAUUCGGACACAAUUUUGAAAAAAGAAUGUACCGGUAGGGCAAAGUGUGACUUAAAACUUAAAGAGACGAUAUUAAAUCGUACUUUGACAACGCGAGUUCGACACCUUUUUAUGAGGUCAGUAUCACACCGUUUAUAGCUCGCAGGAGAGAAGAAAGGGUGUGAUUUUUAAUUUGGAGAGCGUACUUCUUCUGUAAGAAUGACAGCAUUGAAUAAUGAAGCAGAAGUGUUUCUUCAGCGUCACCAAUCCGGCCGAAUGCACACAAAAAUCUCAUUUUCAGUCAUUUACGGUCAAAAACUAAAAAUAAUGACUCAAAAUUAGCCAAUAAAUCAGUUUUUUUUGGUGAACUGAAGGGAGUAGAAAUAUUUCGGCUCGGCGGCAGGGGUAGGAACUUGACGACGUACUUCCCUGUUGCCAUUUUGCUUUAUUGGCUCAUAUGAGCGACAAAGCUGAAAGGUCGUAAUAAAUGAAAAAGGUGUAGAAUAAUUGUGUACUCUUGACUAUUUUAGUAGAAUUCUGCUGUCGCGGUGACGCGGGGUUCGCCGUUAUUGGAACCUCGCUUGUCCCCUCAACUGGGAGCCCUUCUCUCAAACGCCUUGCGGGCAGCGCGUAGGCAACUUAACCUACACUCCAGUGUGGCGUGGGACACCACAACACGAGCAUCACGUUGCCUACCAAUCAAAAAACGCCAAGCGAAAUCGACAAAAUCUUGACAAUAACUCAAAAUGGUGUCAUUUUGAGAAAAUCCGUUUCACUGGGGCAGAGGGCUCCCGGGUGGAACACGUUUGUCAAAAUGAUGUCACAGAAGACCUCAUUUUGACGCUCAUCGUCGAAAUUUACUGUGGCUAGGUAGCUCUAGAUUGAGCUCCUUUUGACGUCAAAUUAGGGUCACUGACGAGUUUGUGACGAUUGGUUGUACCCGGGCCAUCGCCUUUCCGACACAACUUCGCUAACGGUGCACUGUAAAAUGCCGAAGCAAAAUCAUUUCUUUGGACUAUUUUGAAAAGCAAUAAAAGAAGGUUUAGAUUUACGAAUGU